UGAAAUUGAGGAAUUAAAAGAUCAUCUUUUAUACUAUCUAAGUCAUCAAAUGCGAAAAGCUUAUCUUAAUACUCAGUUUAACGCAAAUUUGUUAAAGCUAGACAAAGAAGGGGCAAUAUUAGUAGUUGAUUACAAGAUGAAAAUACUUCCUAAAAGUGCUAGAGAGACAAAACAAGAAUUUUUUGGAAAAAAAGGAUGGACCUUGCACACUGUUUUAGUAUAUACUCAUCCAUCAGAUAGUGGUCAGUUACAAGUAACUGUGUAUGAUCAUUGGUCAGCCGACAUGUGUCAAGACACAUGGUUUAUAGCUUCUUCAUUACAUGCUGUAAUAUCCCAUGCUAUCAACCAUUAUGUAAAACUUGGCUUCGAUCUUUCUCAAGAAACAGAUAUAGAAAAUGCAAUUCAAGGUAUUAGUGGUACUCGAGUAGCAUAUUUAGAACCAAAUAAAACCAAAGAUCAUUCUAUACCAGAAACAGAAUGGCACAUACCUUUGCCACAUAUAUCAAAUAAGCUUGAAAUAGAAUUAGAAAAACGAAAAAUUAAUCAUAAAGGAUUCAAAAGGAAUGAGUUGGUUAAUAUAUUACAAGAAAAAAUGACUCAAGAAAUAUUAGUAAAUACGGAUAAUUUAGAUAAAUGGAUAGAUACUACAAAUUUACAUAAUAUGAAUAAACUAAACAGUUCGAGCAGUAUUUUUUUAUUACCGGCGGGCUGGGCUUUAAAAGAAAGUCAAAAAUUCAGUAUAAAAGGAAAAGGAAAACGUAUUAGCAAGAAUGUAGUUCCUUUGCUUGAAGCUUUUUUUCUUGCGGGAGAUGCAGAUAAAAGUGAUAGAUAUACAGCUGAAGAUAUGUUGAACGAGUUACAUUCAAUAGUGUGUAAGGGAACAUUAGAAGAUGAAGAGAUUCCAAAAUUAACAACCAUAGCAAAUUGGAUAUCAGGAUACGCAAAAAAAUAUUGGCAAAAUCUUGCAAAACAAUCAAUUGAAAUGACAAAG